AUGGGAAAAAACACUCCUGCAGGGGUAAGUGAAAAAGGGAAACAUGUGAUGCGGGUAGUUGAGACCGGUCCGGAAUCACCCGGUGCAUUUGUCUCCAUUCGGCUAAGGCCCGGGGUGGCCAAUGGCACUAAUUGUGAUCGGGUUGGACGGCUAAGCCCCAAUGAUGAUUAUGCCGGACCUCAUGGUCAAGCGGAUGAGACGGACCUAAAUCGGAAUGCAAGUCGAAAUGGCUCUCCAAGCGGACCCUUUCGCGCGAGGGAAUCAGAGAAAAGUCGGCGCCUCCCAACAUGGAGAAUGCUACCGUCGGAGAAGCCGAUUGUCUUCCUGUCCUAA